AGCACUGGUGUGGUCUGUGCAGGGAGCUGGUUAGGGAAACUCUGUGCAGACUUGCCGGGUAUCUCCCCAGCUGUGCAAUAAGGAAAUGGUGCAGUCGCUUUCAUGCAGCUCUAGGGUGGUGGUUGCCGUGUAGAGGAGGAGGUUGUGUUUGCCGGUAUCGAGGUGGUAGUAGGAGAGACACGUGGUUUUGAUUGGCUGUGUGUUCCAGCAGCACGGCACAAGGAAAUGCGGUGGCCUUGGCCUCCCUUGGUUUCACACUUUGAUUUCCCAGCUCCAGUAGUUAGUCACAUGAAAUAGCAGGUCUUCGUUUACCUCAGACUGAUGAUCCAAACGGUAAUGCUCUUAAAGUAACAUACAUUAUCCACAAGUCCACAAGUGGCUGUUUGGUCAGCAGUAGGUGAAGAUAGCUUUUAUGAACUUCAUUGCGAUAAGGAGGGUAAGGUGUGCAUAUGUCAAUAUCGUGCCACAUCCCUCUGCAAGCACAAGUGACAUUUUUUAUAGAUGCAGUAGCUGUUUACAGGUAUGCUUUGCUAGAUCCUAUCAAUGAAAAGUAACUGGGUGGGAAUGUCUUGCUUGCCUCAACAAACCUGUCAACAGCCACCUAGCAACUGUAUUGUGCCAAAGCCUGCUGCAACCAUCCAUUGUGUAAGCAGGAGAAAUGGCAGGUGUGUGGCGUUUUGUCAUACCAAAAAUACGCUGUUGCUUAUGUUAACUUGCUGUUCCGAUACCUGUUCUGUUUGGUUAAACAGAUGAGUUGCAAAAAGCUUAAUGACACUUCUGUUCUGACGCUUGGUAAUGUAAUGCUACUUCUUUAAAAUCUACUUUGUAAAAGAAGUUUAGUUGACUGUUUCAAGUCCACCAUGUUUUUUUCCUAUUGAAGUGUAUUUUUAGUUUUAGUAUCAGUAAUCUUUGGCAGUAAUUCUUAAGAUUUCAGGAAAGUCACUGGUGUAAAAAAGCAUCGGGGUCCAGAAAUUGUGGGGGCUAUUGAUUGUUGCUGCCUUGCCUUAGGUAUCACAAAUAUUAUGAGGAGUAUGGCUCUCUUUCUUUGUAUUUUGUAUUCCUUUUUCUGACUUGGUUAGGAUUCAGCCUUUUUAGAAAGUGGUGGUUUUUUUCCACUCUUAAAAUGUGUAUUAUAGAGUGUAUUAUUGUUCAAUUUGGAAUCUUAACAUUGGUGAACAUUGGUUUCAUGGUGAACAAUACAAUAAGUUACUUAUUUGUGUUGUUCUGCACUUGUUCAAGGAUUUGUUAAAGAAGUUCUGGAAGUCAGAUUUCAGAAAUUACACUUUUCUUAAUGAGCAGGGCUAAAGUGAGGCACAGUUUCUAGUUGUGUAUCAGUGCAACACCAAUGAGUGUGCAAGAAAGAGUAUGUCCCCAGAGCUGACUGUUGUGCUUCUGAAGGUGAGAAAUUGAGUACUGCUUGUGUUGGGUGAAUUUAUAAAAUACAAUUUUCUAAUUAUGUUUUGGGACAGUCUUGAUGCAAAAUUGUAUACUUUUUAUUUUAUAGGGUUGCAAAAUGAGUCCGUUUAAGCAGUUUAUACAUAUUGUAUACAGAUACGUUAACACUUCUGGUUAACACAAAGCUUUCUCAUUUCUUGGAAUUGACUUUCUGCCUGCCUGCCUGAUUCUGUGGGCUCAUUAUUCUGUGGAUAUCACACGAAGUGUCAUAUUGUAGAUGACUGUAGUGAACAAAAUACUGUGUUUAUGAUACCAUUGAUGGAAGUGGGCAAAAAGAAAAGGGUUAGAAAAAAAUUCUGUCCAGGCAUCCUGUAAUAAAAGUAGUUUUUGGAAAGGCAAGAACAAUUCCUGAUCGUGUAGGAGAGACUCAGUCAUGUUUUGGUGCAGCUGAAGCUUUUCAUAGGCACAGCUACUGUUGGCUUUCAAAUUAUUUGUAUUUGAGUUGUUUAUUUAGAAGAAAUAGCUAUAAAUUAGGGUGUAAAGAAAGAAAACCACAAAACCUCUGACAUUAGUGCUCUGUAUUUUCUCCUAAAUUAUUUCACUGGAAAAUUGCUUUGCUUGGAGUAUUUCACUGCUUGCUUGUAUAUACAGAUAUAAAUCACUUAAUUGUUUCUCUCAGUUUAUUUGUUGUAAACCUUCUCAUCGAGUUUUUUCUUUGCAUAUUUUAGUUUUUCUAAUGAAAAACUAUGAAUUCUGAAGAACAAAAUUUUAUGAGAUUAGCUGCCUCUUUUUUUUUACACUGUAUUUGAAAGAGCAAUAAGUUCACUUUGUUUGUAACUUAAAUUUUAAUCUAGUACUUCAUUCCCAGUUAUCUGGUUUUGAACCUCUUAGUUUUUCUUUAUUCCUGACUUUAUCUAUUUAUGCAUGUACCUAAGCCAAGAAGGGAAAAAACUCACUUUGCCAGAGUAAGUCAAUAUUUUAACAUAAUUUAGUGGCUAUUGCCGAUGAAAUGUAAUGAAAAAUAUAAAACUUUAUUUAUCAUUAUAGUAGACAGGGAGCAAAUGCAUGUAACUGAAAUACACUGGCAGUAGUGUAGUUUUAUAUAGACCUUUCUCUGAACCCUUACAUCCUUUUAAAUAUGUAUUAAAAUUGUGAAAUGGCCUAGAACUGAGAUUUGAGGAAUGCUAGUUAGAAUUAACAUGUCAGUUUGGAGAGAGCUCUACUCAAUAAUGUGGAGUUUGAAAAACAGUAUAGAAAGUAACCUGUUUAUAUGCUGCUUUAAAACAAGUGAUAAAGGUUGUUAGUGUAUCACACUGUUUUCUGUCUCUUCCAGAAGAUACAGAAGAUGGAUGAAUAAAUCACCCUGUCUUGAGAGUGAGGCCAGUAUUUGCAUAGUUCUGGCUUAAUUGUGGAACUUGCCAUCCAGGGUAUGGUUUUGAGGGAGGCUGAUGUUUGUUUUGGUUUCAUAAUUUUAAAAGUGAAUAUGGUCAUGCAGGCAAAAGUAAGUCACUGAGGGAUAAAAAAUUUGGAAUAUAUUCCCUUGAUAGGCAUUCCUUUUGUCUUCUCUUGAAUCUCUCUCACUGCUUAUUACUUAUACAUUGUACAAGUAGGUCACUGAGGAGCAAGUAUUUCAGUAAUUAUGUCGCUCUGUUUUGUUUGUUGAGCUGUUUUUUCCCCAUUCUGAGGAGGUGCUAUGAAGUCAUGGAAUCUCUGCUGCUCUGGUAAGAUAGAAAACAGAUGGAUUCCUCAGUGGUCAGCAGUGUUUCUAGCUACAUUUGGCUUUUUUGGCCUCUCUGUUUCUGUCAGUCUGCAUGAUUUUCCCUUUGUAAAUUCAUGGUGAUUACUCCCAGUCGCCUUCUUGUCCUUCAUGUGUUUGAAAGUAGUUUCCAGGAUUGUUUCCUUCACCUUCCCAGGGAGCAGGGUGAGGCUAGUAGGCAGGCCUGUGGUUGCCUGCCUCCUCCUUCUUGUCCUUGAAAACAGGGUUUUCAUUGACACUUGUUUUCUUAAGUCCUCUGGAAUGUCACCCAUCAGCAUAAAACUUCCAAAUGUAGUGAGAAUGACUUUACAAUGACAAGACCAGUUCUCUCAGCACUCAGGUUGGCACCUCAGCAAGUCACAUGGAAGUGUUAGGUCCAGUUCACUUAAAAAUGUGUUAAUCUGAUCCUCCCUCUCUCAGAGUAAGUCUUUUGUCCUCUACACAUUCCCACAGGUCUCAGGGACCUGGGAUUCUAGAAGGUAGUCUUACCCACAAAAGAGCAAGGAAAAAAGGUGCUUUGACAUUUUUGUAUAAUUUUGUUACUUAUGGCAGCAGGCUGAAAUUUCCUCUAUUCUUUCUUACACUGCUCAUUUACCCAUACAAAUCUUUCUCAUGGAAUUUCAUAUCCUUCACCAGAUUCAACUCUAGAAGGACCUUGGUUUUCCAAACCCUAUCCUAGUGAACCUAAGUGGUGUUCCUGUGUCAGGACACACACUUGGUGUAGCCCCACUUCACCUUAGUUUGGCUGAUAUCAAGAUUUCUGUUUUUCACAUCAUCCUGCUUUCUUUGGUUGCAAACCGUGACCACCACAUCCUUGCUCAUUCAGAGGUCACCAUCUUCCUCUAUCAUCUUUCCUUGUUUAAGCAUUCCCCAAGCCAAUUGACCAGCCUCUUGGCAAAGAUGCUUUUACCCCAUGUAAUUUCAAGUGGAUCUUGUUCCCCUUCACUCUCAGUUCUUGAGCCUCCUAGAAGGUUCUGUGGAUGUAAAUGCUGCACAACCACUUGCUCAUUUGCAGGAUCUGUCUGCUUCUCCUCAAGUUCUCCCUGUUCACCAACAGCAUGAAUGGAACACCACUUGGCUACUAGACUUGGCUACAGGCCAACACCCUGUGAACUGUGUAGUCAUGCUUGGUACACUUCUGGUCUCCCCUGGCAGUGUCCAUGGUGCCUGAACAGAAGAGCAGCUGAGGGUAAUAGUCUUAAGUUCCAGACUGCUACCAGUCUCAGUAAUAUUCUGUCCAUGGUAUCCAGGAUGCAAUGGUAUGCCAGGAUGCAGACCCCUGGCAAGCAGCAUACUUUGCCAGGUGACAGGUUGGGCCAGCAGAGGUGUCUUUGUCCCAGAAGCAGGGAAUCACCACUGUUCCUUACCCCAUGCUUCCUAUACCACAGAACUCAGGCACAGAUAGGUCAGAGGCUUUCUUGGACAGAGCUUCCUGUCCAUGUGUGCUGCCAGGGCUCAGUCCCUGCUCUGCAGGUCAGAGCUGCAGGUGGAACAGGAACUCUCUGUGGGAAGUGGAAAAAUAGAAUCUUCCAUGGAUGCUGAAGGGUUCAAUCUGCAGCCUUAGAAAGAGCUUGAGUUAAUGUAAUGAUAAAGGUACACAAACAUUAAGUAGAAAAAUUAUAAACUUAUGUUCCCAUAUUGUAAGUAAGAAUAUGCCUUGAGUAAAUAAGAAAUUAUAUUAGGUAAAAUAGUGAGAAGUUUAAGCUGUAAUAAUGUGACUUACAGGGUAGGCUAGGGUUAUAGAAGCUAUAAUGGAGGUGUGUGUAGGUAAGUGACCUAUCAGUUUAUUGGCUGAAAGACAGAUGCAGAAUGGCAAAAUUAAGCAAAAGUGAUAGGUUAUUAAUUAGAAACAAGUUUUGUGUUAACUGCCUAUUGGACCAAUAUGUUAUAUAUUGCUGUGUGAAGAAGAAACCCAUGACUACCCUGAGCUGUGGCUGACUUGUUACUCCUCUCCAAAUCUCACACCUUUGAGUCUAAUAUCAUGUCUGGCUUACUUGAGCAGUAAGUCAUCUUAGAUAUAGCAUGGUGGUCCCAUCCCUUGUUUUUCAUCUCAACAUCUCCUUUUGGUGGUGGAGCUCAGAGGUUCCCAGACUUUGCUGUGCUCAGCAUCUCCAUAUCUGGCUUGACAAGCUCUGCUUCUCCUCAUGCAGAGGGGCUUUCUGUAGCUGCAUGAACUUGGUGGGGAUCUGGUCUGUCUCCUUUUCAGCACUCUUAAAUGUGCAGUUUGCUCACCUCCUCAGCUUGUCUGCUUGAUGAGAUGGGUCCUUCAUCAGUGCAUGCUUAGAAGUAUGUAAAAUAUUGUUGUUUUUUUUUUGUUCUAAACCUGCUGGUUGCCACAGUGUGAUGGAUUGGCAUUUAGAAAAAAAGUGAGGAACACCCAUGUAAAUAAUGGCUCUGAGAGAGCCUGCUGGGAGUUUCUUCUCUGCCUGAGACCUCGCCAAUAGCUGGCCAGUUCUCAGAAUUGACAGUAUUUUUGACCACUGAAAAGUGAAAUGACCUUUGUGAAUAACCACCUUUUAAACCUAAGCCUGGGAGCUUCUGGCUCUCUUUGUUCUUUGUUUCUGGCCUUGAAAGUUCCCAGAGCUCUGGUGCAGCUGCCCCCCACCCAUGGCCUGUCUGGCCUGGGGGAAGGGGCUGAGCUGGACUCCAGCGGCUCCCGGGCAGGGGAUGGAGGCUGCAGGACACCGGCUUCAGGUCGGGCCAGGCUGUGCUGUGGCUCUCGCUUCUCCCAGGAAUUCUCCAGGUCCUGUACCAGCAGGGUGGCCAAAGCCCUUCCCAGGGGCCCCUGGACAGCUGUUGAUCCUUGCAGACACCCCCCCAUGGGGCACACAGACAGCUCCUGGCCAAGAACUAUCUGCUCCUUCCCUGCGGCUGCUGGGCUGAGAGAGAGACACCUGAACUCUGACACCGUGAAUAUCUGCUGCAGUUUGGGCCAGAUUUUAACCCUUUCACUACCCAGAUGAGACCUGCACAUUUAAUCCCUUUCCAGAGACAGGAAAGUGAGUGAUCAACACGUAAAGAGACAACAUAAACCAUCAAUGUCAGUAAAAGGAGUUGAGCCUCAGAUGGAAGGAGAAUGAGGAGAUGCUUUAAUAAGCUGAAAUAUUCUUUUGGAUUAUCUUCCCAGGGUGUGACGAUUUAUUACCUGUUUGCAUUCAAUGGGGCAACGAAUUCACUUUGUGGUUGACCCUCAGGGUUGGUGCUGCAUGAGCCUAAUUAUCUUCGUGUGGCUGUACAAUACAAUCUUCAUUCCAAAGGUCAUCCUUUUUCCUCAUUAUGAAGAGGGAAAUAUUUCAGUUGUGGCAGUUUUGUGUUAUUACCUCUGCUCAUUGUUUUGUAUAGCUUCAUUAUUUAGAGCCUCAGUCGCAGAUCCAGGAAAACUACCUGAAAAUCCAAAGAUACCUAUUACAGAACGAGAACAUUGGGAGUUAUGUAACAAAUGCAAUAUGAUGAGACCAAAGCGUUCACACCAUUGCAGUCGCUGUGGACAUUGUGUGAGGAGGAUGGAUCACCACUGUCCAUGGAUUAAUAAUUGUGUUGGUGAAGACAAUCACUGGCUGUUUUUACAGCUGUGUUUCUACACCCAGAUCCUUAGUUCCUAUACACUGAUACUUGACUUCUGCCAUUACUACUACUUUUUGCCUCUGAAAAAAGAAAACUGGGAUGUGUUUGUAUUUAGACAUGAACUUGCUCUCCUAAGAAUAUCUGCCUUCAUGGGUCUAAUAAUACUAGGUGGAAUAAGUCGACUCUUUUACGUUCAGCUAAUGGGUAUUUUCACUAUGGUUAUGCUACAUAAAAGCAUAUAUGCGAAAGGACACUACAAGUAUAGAAAAAAUGUCAAACUGUUGCGAAGACAUAUCAAGGCCCCGAAAGCCAUGGCAGCAGACCUUCUCAGAAGUUUUUGGCACUCACUGGAAGAUCCUGUGGUUUAUUCCUUUCAGGCAGAGGCGACCACUGCGAGUUCCCUACCACUUUGCCAAUCAUGUUUAAACAGAUGGAUGCUGGGCACAGAUGGGUCCUCCAUGCUGGAAGUGCAUUACAGGUUUUAUGAUAAUAGGACUAUGACAGUCUUUAAGUCAAUUAAAAUCCAGUUGUAGGCAUCACAGUGUGACCUGGGCAUUAUUUUAGUUAUGGUCUUGAUUCUAUUCUGAAAUUAGUACAAGUUAAACAAUUAAACUUCAGGCUUAUUUACUUUAAAAUUAGCUUUCCAAAGAGAUUCCUUUUGUCUUUGAGAUUAAUACCAAAAGCAAACAACUGGAAUGUAGUCUUCACCCAGUUUGAUACUGGCUCUUUUUUUUUUUUACCUUUUUUUUCCUUUUUCUUUCUUUUUUCUUUUUGGUGUAGGAAGCACUGAAGUUUACACUGAUGGUUAGAUUUCUCACUAGGUGUCUUUUUCUGCCUUGAAUUUUAAUUUUUUUUCAAGAUUCUUAUCAAUAGGUCUGUCUAGAUAAUAAUAAUGUCUUUUUUUUCCUGCAACAUAUGUUUAAAAUUCCAUGAUUCUGCCAGUAAUUUAUGAUAUGUAGAAGUAAUCCUGCAGCACUGCACUAUUAAAGAUUACAUUUAAAGCUGAAGCAGAGUACUUCCUAAACCUUUAUUGGAGAGGUUUCGUAAAGGCACACAAAUGUGUGUUUACAUAGAGAACAAUUUAUGGUUUACGGUUACUUUCUGGCCUAGAUAUGUUAAUGAAAAGCGUUCAUGUCUUUAUGUCAGUGAGAGGGACUAAGUAUUUCAGGGUAAACUAUGCAGAUAGAAAGCAUGUUUUCCCUAAAUCCCAAGGAUUUGAAUCAGCAAUAAUCAACAAGGAAGUUGCUUGGUGCAAAUACUAGAAUGAUUACUUUUAAAAAUUACAGAGGUAGUUAGUUAUCAUAAUGUUCCAUAAAGAAGAGUAUAUUGUCAAUAAAGUUAAAAAUUUUA